GGUUUGCCUGACUGUGGUAGGGCAAGGCAGAUGAGAGCAGGAGGGUUCAGAGGCCAGUGGUUCCUGAGUCCUGUGGAGGCCCCCUUCGUCUGACCAAGCUGCCAUGCUGCUGCUUCUCCUGCUCUUCGAGGGACUUGUCCAGUGUGGGGCAAGCCUAGAGGCAUCCCAGGUCCCAGGACCCCCUCAUCCAGCCACAGAGGAGCCCCUCUCCUUCCGUGUGCUGCAGACCUCCUCCUUUGCCAACCGCAGCUGGGCGUCCUCGCAGGCCUCGGGCUGGCUGGGCGAGCUGCAGACUCACGGCUGGGAUAAUGCCCUGGGCACCAUCAGCUUCCUGCGGCCCUGGUCCCGGGGGAACUUCAGCGCCAAGGAGCUGAGGAAUCUGCAAAACCUCUUCCAGCUCUACUUCCACGGCUUCAUCAUCGAGGUGCAGGCCUUUGAGCACCAGUUUCAGUUUGAAUACCCCUUCGAGCUCCAGGUGUCAGCUGGCUGUACGGUGUGUGCUGGGAAGGCCUCGGGAACCUUCUUGAAUGGGGCGUAUCAAGGCUCAGAUUUUCUGAGUUUCCGAGGAGACUCCUGGCAGCCAUCUCCAGGAGCCGGGAGUCGGGCUCAGAAGGUCUGUGCCGUUCUCAACCAGUACCUGGAUAUUAAGGAAAUCGUGCAGACACUCCUCAGCUACACCUGCCCUCGGUUUCUGGCAGGAAUCCUUGAAGCAGGGAAGACAGAACUAGAACGACAAGUGAAGCCGGAAGCCUGGCUGUCCAGAGGCCCCAGUCCCGGUCCCGGCCGUCUGCUGCUGGUGUGCCACGUCUCCGGCUUCCACCCAAAGCCCGUGUGGGUGAUGUGGAUGCGGGGCGAGCAGAAGCAGCGGGGCACCCAGCGAGGCGACGUCCUGCCCCAUGCUGAUGGGACCUGGUAUCUCCGAGUGACCCUGGACGUGGCGGCCCGGGAGGCAGCCGGCCUGUCGUGCCGGGUAAAGCACAGCAGUCUGGGAGGUCAGGACAUUGUCAUCCACUGGGGAGGUAGAAACUCAGCCCUGCUGACACUGCUCUGUCUGGUGGUGAUAGUUACCCUGCUCGUGCUGCUUGUAGGGCAUUCCUGCUUUAAAAAGCACAGCUCAAAUCAGAAGGCCCUGGCUGCCGCUGUCCACGGUCCUGACUCGCCCACAGGGGCCGACACCCAGGGGCCCAGGACUCCCGGACACCAGCUUUACCUGCCGCAGGAAUCGUGGAUCAAAAACAGAUUUUUAAAGAAAUGGAAAACAAGCCUACACCAACUCUGGGGACGUUAGUUUUACCUAACACAUAAAAUGCUUUCCUGCUUCUUAAACAUGGUUCAUACCUGUAAACAAAACAUGAUUUUGAUAAAAUGGCUUCUUGUGGCCGAAAUCUUGAACCCUUUAGGAGCCUGUUUUAUUUUCCCCCCAUCUUCUAGCAAUAUCUUUUCUGCGUUGGCCACACGCGCAUUGCUUCUGGUCCUCCAGACUCUAAUUCACAUGUUUCUUUCCCAUGGAGGCUUCCUUGCCCUGCCCCAUGGAGAGCUCUUCCAAACUUCCAAAAUUGGAUGGGUCAUCCUCAAAACGUUCAUCUCUUCUUACUCUGAACGUUGGUUAUUUAGAUUUUUGCUUUUCUGUUUUUUCUCAGUUGCUUGAAAACAGGAUGCAGGUGUUUGUACCAGCACCUAUGACCGAAAGCCUGACCUGGACUCGGGGCCAGGGUCAUGGGCAUGUGAUCCAUGCUGCGCUUGCUGUCUUGAAAUCCUUAAUAAAACUUGGAGAUACUGUAUUUUCAUUUUGGACUCCCCCCACAAAUUAUGUAGCUGGUUCAGAGUAAAAUGUUUCUCAUUAAAUACUAUCUGAAAUAAAUUUUUGUCAAAUCGA